AUGUUCACCGACCAUAAGCUGGAGGCUAAAGUCUUCUGCAUGCUAUCGGGUGCGCUUUCCAAGACCUGGUGGGCUCACCGUAUCAUCGACCUCAGCAAACCGCAAGCCAUCCACGGUCUACGCGUUGUAAACGUCGAAACCGACGACUUCUACGUGGCCAAAAUCGAGCUCGAAUGGGACUGGCCGGUCUUCCACGAUUUCAAACACAACGAUAUCGUCGUGCUGUAUGGCGUUGGAAAGGCUCCUCCUAAAAAGCUCGAAGUCACCGAAAAGGGGAAGGUCGUGUUGGACAAGCUCGAGCCAACUGAAGAGUACAUCAUCACGGUGCGCAACAUCAGCCGCGAGUUGGGCAUCAACAGCCAAGACGCCAUCAUCAAGCAGCAGACGAGACCAAUCAUCUCAUCCACGCUAUAUCCCGGCCAAAUCUCGUCUACCUCCAUCAACAUCAAUUUCGGCGAAUCGGACCCGGAACAGGGAAAAUUCGAGCACUACGAGCUCGACUUCACCGGCAACAACAAGAACAUCACCCGGAAAAUUGCCAUGGACAAGGACCGCUCGUUCACCUUCACCAAGUUAAUCCCCGGCAAGACGUACAAGUUCUCCCUCUUCACCGUCUACAAAUCGAUGCGCAGCCGGCCGGUUGUCGCCGAAAUUACGACCUACCCGCUAAAAGUCGAGAAAUUGCGCCCAAUCGUCGGGAGGGACUACGCCUCGCUACACUGGGACAUUGAAAAUUUUGCCGAUAACGACGUGCGCUUCCGGCUGAGCUACAUCGCAACGUCGAACGAUGGUGCCAGAAAGGAGCGGACCGUUCAGCUGAAGAACACCAACCACUAUCGAUUUGAUGAGCUCGACCUGGAGACGUACUACACCUUCACAAUUACCGUCAUUAUGGGGCUUGGCGGUGACGAUUACGAGUUGCGCUCGUGGUUCGAGGUGCACAACGACGACAAGUGGCCCUCCUACCGGGCCAGCCGUUCCGACUAUCAGCCAUUCUCAAAGCGUGGUGUCAAAGAGGCCAUGUUUAUCAUCGGAGAGGACGACUGUGAGCAGCAGCGCCUUGAUGAACCGUACUGCAACGGAAUGCUGCGCGCCAACACCAAGUACCUGGCCAAAGUACGCGGUUACACCGACGAGGGCGUGGCGAUGGAGACGGACUGGGUGGCCAUACAUGGACACACUAACGGACAAGGAGAUGGAGAUGAGGAUGAGGAGGAAGAAGAAGACCCAGGCCUCCCGUGUCAUAUGUACCUCAACGGAUGUCCCCGCAAGGGGGACAAGGGCAAAUCGGAGCUCUGCAUGUUCACUAUGGCCACCGACCUGGGCUGCGUGCUCACCUCGUUCCUCUACGUCGCCAUCAAGGAGGCGGCCAACAAGGAGCCGGGCUAUUCCGGGUCGCAAAGUCUGGAGAUGCUGCGCAAUAGUGUCCUUGUCUCCGCUGAAUCAUGCCUCCUGCUGGUGACCAACUUGUGCCUGGUCGUUACCCUCUACACGGAGAUCAAGGCAGCCGAGAAAAACAAAUGCUACGUCACGAACAACAUCGGCGUGUCGCUGCACAAGUAUGAUAUCGAAUGUGGCGGCCCGCAGAAGCAGUGUGAAGCCAAGCGUGGGCUUCUCGGCAAGCUCGUCGCUUACGGCAACAAUUCCCUCAGCUCUGGAAACGCCAAGAAAGAGACCGCCGAGCCUGCCAAGGAUAAUUCGGAAAGUUGCCGCAAGUCAGCCGGCCCUGAUUCCAGCUGCAAGACGGCUCAGUCCGUUUCCGCACCGCUAGCCGAGUUUUCCACCCGUCAAAAGACUUCCUCGCCUCCGAAGACGGCCAUUAUCAUCCCUUCCACCAACUCUAGCGGGGCGCAACACCCUGUGCCACCGCCCAUGAAGUAUGCCUUCGAUCAGCCUCCGUCUGCCGUUGCACCUACCACCCUAAAGGCC